UCCGGGAUGAGGACCACACUUCUUUGAUAAGGCUUAGAGAUUAUGGUCAGGAAUGACACCAUUCUGUCUCUGUUUUGCGAGUUAUUUACUUAUUGAAUGAAAAUGGGCGGCAAAAUUGACUGUUAUCUGGACAUUGCGUCCCUCUACAGCUACCUCGUAUUUCUCGAACUCCAAAAGAACAGCGACCUCCUCGCCUCUCACAAUGUAGAAGUCGAAUACCACCCCGUCCUCCUCGGCGCCAUAAACGCCGGUUCCGGCAACCGCCCCCCCUGGACCCUCCCCGCCAAAGCGUCCUACGGCAUGCAUGACGCCCGGCGCUCCAUCGCGCGGCACACCCCGCCGCCCGCCAUCUCCUUCCCGCCCGACAUGAUGAAAUCCGGCAUGACCGUCGCGCCGCUGCGCUGCCUGCACUACAUCAAACGCCACCACCCGCGCGCUACCUUCCUCGCCGCGCUGCACCACCUGUUCCAGGCGUUCUGGGCGCCGCCCAACGCGGAUUUGACGACGCUUGCCGGGGUGGGGGCGGCGUUGAGGGGUGUGCCGGUAAGUGGGGGGUCGUCGUCGUUGUUGUUGUUUACGGAGGGGGAGGUUGACGAGGUGCUGGCGGCGGCGGGGACGGAGGAGAUGAAGGGGCUGUUGAAGAAGACGACGCAGGAGGCGUUGGAGAAGGGGGCGUUUGGGGCGCCGUGGUUGUGGGUUCGGGAUGGGCGCGGGAGGGAGGAGCCGUUUUUUGGGAGUGAUCGGUUCCAUUUUGUGUAUAAGUUCUUGGGAUUGCCAUACACGGAUGUCACGCUGCUGCCGGCAGGCGGGGAGAAGGGGAAGCUUUGAAACGUUGUGCCGAGUUGCGCUCUGGGUUUUAAGAGUUG